UUGUUUUUCAGCUCAAAAAGUUGAAAAAGACGAGAUUUUUGAUAAAGGGAAUGUGUCAAAGGUAACUGCUUUAGUGUUUCAGCUAGCCUUUUGUGUUAAAAACUCAAUCUUUGAACACCCUAUUCAAGAUUCAUGUAUUUUUUGUUCUUUGAGUUCUGAUGUUUUCAGCUUAGGAAGUAGAAAAAGAUAAAGAUUUUUGAUAAAGGGUGUGUGUCAAGUUAAAGUAAGUAUUUGGACGUCUAAUUCAAUUCAAGAUUCUUGUUUCUUCUUUCACUUCUGGUAACUUUUAGUUUAAAAAGUAUAAAAAGACAAGAUUUUUGAUAAAGGGUGUGUGUGAAGUCAAUUGCUAUUACAUUAAUGGAAGAAAAACAAAAGAAAGUGAGUUUGGUUUUGGCAGUUAAUGGAGAAAGGUUUGAGUUGCCAUGUGUUGAUCCUUCUACAACUCUGCUUCAGUUCUUGCGCUCUGAGACUUGUUUCAAGAGUCCCAAGCUUGGUUGUGGUGAAGGUGGUUGUGGAGCUUGUGUCGUUCUGGUGUCGAAGUAUGAUCCCAGUCAUAAAAAGGUUGAAGAUUUUAGCGUGAGUUCGUGCCUUACACUUCUUUGCAGUUUGAAUGGUUGUUCAAUUACUACAAGUGAAGGCCUUGGGAACACCAGAGAUGGUUUUCACUCUAUUCAUGAAAGAUUUGCCGGUUUCCAUGCUUCUCAAUGCGGCUUUUGCACUCCUGGCAUGUGUAUGUCAUUUUUUUCAGCUCUUGUCAAUGCCGAUAAAGGAAACAAACCCAAUCCUCCAUCAGGAUUCUCUAAGCUUACUUCAUCUGAAGCUGAAAAGGCCAUCACAGGGAACCUUUGUCGAUGCACUGGAUACCGGCCCAUUGCUGAUGCCUGCAAGAGUUUUGCUGCUGAUGUUGAUAUAGAGGAUUUGGGGUUCAAUUCUUUUUGGAAAAAGGGAGAUUCCAAGGAAGUGAAAGUAAGUAAGUUACCUCCCUAUGAUCCAACUAAGAAUUUUAGUACAUAUCCUGAGUUCUUGAAAAGUGAAUCCACUACGAAUUCGGACUCCUCAAGGAGAUACCCUUGGUACAGUCCUGUUUCCAUUGAGGAGCUACGGAGCUUGUUGUACUCCAAUGUGAUGGAAAAUGGUGCAAGCUUUAAACUUGUCGUUGGUAAUACCGGCACAGGUUAUUAUAAGGAAACUCAGCCAUAUGAUCAUUAUGUUGAUCUCAGGUACAUUCCUGAAUCCUCAAUCAUCGAAAGAGAUCAGAAUGGCAUUGAAGUUGGAGCAACCGUGACUAUCUCUAAACUGAUUUCAUUCUUGAAAGAGGAAAACAUAGUCAAUAUUGGUUCAUACGGGACGUUGGUGUCCCAAAAACUGGCUAGACACAUGGAGAAGAUUGCUUCACCAUUUGUUAGAAACUCUGCUAGUGUGGGAGGAAAUUUGGUUAUGGCACAGAAGAAUGGUUUUCCUUCAGAUAUUGCUACAUUAUUUCUUGGACUUAGUGCUACUGUUAGAUUGAUGACCAGUCAUGGAUUUGAAAAGCUCUCAUUGGAGGAGUUAUUAUCGAGACCACCGCUAGACUCAAAGACUGUGCUUCUAAGUGUUUGCAUCCCAUUUAAGAAUGCUCAAAGUUCUCUCCAAACUAACUCUAAAUUGUUGUUUGAAACCUUUCGAGCUUCUCCACGACCUCAUGGGAAUGCCAUUGCAUAUGUAAAUGCGGCUUUCCACGCUGAUGUUUCUCACUGCAAGAACGGUGUCCUGAUAAACAAUAUCCAGUUGGCGUUUGGUGCUUAUGGAACAAAACAUGCAACAAGGGCUAAAAAAGUAGAGGAAUAUCUAGAGGGGAAGAUAUUAAAUGUACAUGUUUUAUAUGAAGCACUUAAAUUGGUCAAACUAGCAGUAAUACCGGAAGAUGACACUCUACACCCCGAGUACAGAUCAAGCUUGGCCGUCAGUUAUGUUUUCAAGUUUCUUCAUCCCUUAACUGAUGUUCAUUCUGCUAUUUCUGGUGGUUUACUCAAUGGAAUUAGUGACAUCUCAGUUGAGGAACUUUCUAAAAGUUGUAAUGAUGGUCGCAUUAGUCAGGGGAGAGAACAAACACUAUUGUCUUCUGCUAAGCAAGUCGUGGAAUAUUCAAGCACCGAGUACUAUCCAGUCGGUGAACCGAUGAAGAAGGUUGGAGCUGCGAUGCAAGCUGCUGGUGAAGCUGUUUAUGUAGAUGACAUUCCUUCACCACCAAACUGCCUGCAUGGAUCAUUUAUCUAUAGUACAAAACCAUUAGCAGGUGUAACUGGAAUCCAACUCGAGUCAAAUCGAUUAACAGAUGGAGUCACCGCUGUUAUUACUUUUAAAGAUAUCCCAAGCGGAGGGGAAAAUAUAGGAGUUCUUACAAAGUUUGGUACCGAGCCCUUAUUUUCAGAUGAUCUCGCCCGAUAUGCUGGCGACAGAGUUGCUGUUGUGGUUGCUGACAGUCAGAUGUCUGCUGAUGUGGCUGCAAGAACAGCCCUCGUUGAGUACGACACUGAAAAUAUAGAUCCUCCCAUCUUAACCGUUGAGGAGGCUGUUGAGAAAUCUAGCUUUUUCCAGAUCCCACCAUUUCUAAAUCCAAAACAGGUUGGUGAUUUCUCCAAAGGAAUGGCUGAGGCAGAUCACAAGAUUCUCUCUGCUGAGAUAAGGCUCGGUUCCGAAUACUAUUUUUAUAUGGAGACACAGACUGCCCUUGCGAUUCCAGAUGAAGACAACUGCAUGGUUGUUUAUACUUCAAGUCAGUACCCUGAGUAUUCGCAUCGUGUUAUUGCCAGUUGUCUUGGUGUUCCCGAACACAAUAUCCGCGUAAUUACAAGAAGGGUUGGAGGUGGCUAUGGGGGCAAGGCAAUCAGAGCAAUGCCUGUUUCCGCAGCCUGUGCACUAGCAGCAUACAAGUUAAGACGACCUGUCAGGAUAUACGUCAACCGGAAUAGUGACAUGAUAAUGACAGGAGGACGACACCCGAUGAAAGUAACGUACAGUGUAGGAUUCAAAUCGAGCGGAAAGAUCACAGCAUUACAUCUUGAUAUAUUGAUAAAUGCCGGGAUCUCGGAAGAUGUAAGCCCCAUUGUACCAUCAAAUGUGAUAAAAGCACUAAAAAAAUAUGAUUGGGGUGCCUUAUCUUUCAAUGUAAAACUGUGCAAGACGAAUCUUUCCAGCAAAUCAGCUAUGCGGGCCCCUGGUGAAGUGCAAGGAUCUUAUAUAGCCGAAGCUAUAAUGGAGCGUGUUGCAGGUUUACUUUCGAUGGAGGUGGACUCAGUCAGAAACAAAAAUUUCCAUACAUUUGAAAGCCUUAAUUUAUUCUAUGGUAACAUUGUAGCAGAAGGAGAAUAUACAUUGCCUAGUAUCAUGGAUAAGUUGGCAGUGUCCUCAAGCUUUUUCCAACGAAGCAAGAUGAUAGAACAGUUCAACCAGAAUAACACAUGGAAGAAAAGGGGUAUUUCUCGAGUGCCAAUCGUGUAUGAAGUCAUGCAAAGACCAACCUCAGGAAAAGUCAGUAUUCUGCAAGAUGGAUCAAUCGUAGUAGAGGUUGGAGGGAUUGAACUAGGCCAAGGGCUAUGGACAAAGGUUAGACAAAUGACUGCUUAUGCUCUUGGUUUUAUUGAUAGUAGUUGGGCUGAAGACCUCGUGGAGAAAGUACGAGUCAUACAAGCAGACACCUUAAGCUUAGUACAAGCCGGGUUUACAGCUGGAAGCACUACAUCGGAAUCAAGCUGUGAAGCUGUUAGACUUUGCUGUGACGUAUUGGUUGAAAGACUGACCCCUUUGAAGAAACAGCUGCAGGAACAAAAUGGUUCUGUUGAUUGGCCAAUGCUGAUUCUCCAGGCACAAACGCAAUCAGUAAACUUAGCAGCAAAUUCUUAUUAUGUACCAGAAUCCGGUUCCAUGAGUUAUUUGAACUUUGGCGCUGCUGUCAGUGAGGUGGAGAUUGAUAUUCUGACUGGAGAGACAGCCAUUUUGCAGUCGGAUAUUAUUUACGACUGUGGGCAGAGCUUGAAUCCUGCUGUUGAUUUGGGACAGAUUGAAGGGGCUUUCGUACAAGGAAUUGGAUUUUUCAUGCACGAAGAAUAUCUCACCAACGAAGACGGGCUAAUGGUCUCGAAUAGCACUUGGAAAUACAAGAUCCCAACAAUUGACACUAUACCUCGGAAUUUCAAUGUUCAUGUGCUAAACAGUGGACAUCAUGAAAAACGUGUUCUCUCGUCUAAAGCAUCUGGUGAACCGCCUCUGCUUCUGGCAGCUUCGGUCCACUGUGCAACAAGAGAAGCUGUUAAAGCAGCACGCGAACAGCUCAAACUUUGGGGCAAUCUGGACGGGUCUGUUUCAGAAUUCUAUCUGGACAUCCCCGCCAUAUUACCCGUUGUGAAGACACAGUGUGGCCUGGAUUAUGUAGAGAAAUAUUUGGAAAGUAUCUUGGCUCAGAAAUCUAACUAAAAGUACUUCAACAUGCAUCUCGAAUGAUGCUGAACUAUGUUGCUCUGACUCUCAAAAACUGUCGCCUCAGCCGUGUCGGUUCCUCAAAAACUGCAUUAUUUUAGGACGAUCCGACAUGCACUUGGGGGUACUUUUGAAAAGUCCGAGCAACAUAGAUACUGAAUACUUGUUUUUAUGUGAAUCUUCUUAAAGAAUUUGAUUAUUUUU